AUGUUCCUGAAGAGGCUGCCAUGCCAACUUUGUGGGCUCAACAAAAGAUUGACUCUCUCUCUGCAUUCCCUCAACUGUGCACAAGAAGCUAAAGAUAAGCAAGAAAAGGAAAAGUUAGAAAGAAUUAUUAGUAUGUGGAAGGAAAGAGUUAAUUGGCAUAAGACUGACUUUAAAUUACCUGAAGAAAAGCCAGAAAAGGAAAAGAAAAAGUUGGCUGCAAUGGAUGACUGUAUUUCUGAAUCUCUCUCUGUACAAUCCUCUAGUUUGGAUCGUUGUUGUAGAUGUGAGGAGAAUAGAGAAUGUUGCAGACGUUCUUGUGCACCAUCUCCAAGUUGUGCUAGAGGUUGUUGUUGUCGUUCUGCUAGUCCUUCUUUGAGUUGUUCAGAUAUCAGUUCAGGUCCACCACCACCUUCUGGAGGUGCAGGUAGUCCACCACCUCCUUCUGCUAAGUCAACAGCCUCUCAAGAAGAACCUAGUGUUGCUGGUACCAUUCCAUCUGGUAAUUCAUAA